AUGUCGUCCCCCUUCUCAAUAAACGGCGGCGCCUGCGUCGCUAUGGUCGGCAAGAACUGCGUGGCCAUCGCCUGCGAUCUGCGCCUGGGUCUUCAGGCAUUGACAGUCUCGAACAACUUCCCCAAGAUUUUCCAGUACGGCGACCAUGUUUUCUUGGGGCUUACGGGGCUUGCGACGGACGUGCAGACAGUGGCGGACAUCUUCCGGUACAAGGUCAACCUGUAUCGACUGCGCGAGGAGCGGCAUAUUGCACCGCGCACCUUUGCCAACCUGGUCAGCAGCUCGCUGUACGAGCGGCGUUUCGGCCCUUGGUUCGUGUCACCUGUCGUUGCAGGGCUGGACCCCAAAACUGGAGAGCCAUUCAUUUGCGGAUUUGACAGCAUUGGAUGCAUUGACUUUGCGAAGGAUUUUAUUGUGAGCGGGACGGCGACCGAACAAUUGUUUGGUAUGUGCGAGAGCUUGUGGGAGCCGGAUUUGGGCCCCGAGGAGCUUUUCGAGACGAUAUCACAGGCCCUUCUCAACGCCGUCGAUCGCGAUGCCCUUUCUGGCUGGGGUGCUCACGUCUACAUCAUCGAGAAGGACAAGGUGACAAAGAGGCUGCUCAAGGGACGGCAAGACUAG